CGUUGCAGAUAUUAGUGCGUCUCCUCCUCCUCCUCCUCUCCUGUUUUUGGACCCUCCUCGGCUCCACAGUGGAACACAGAACGUGGGAAUUUUCCUUUUCAAACUGUCAAAGGAAAAAAAAACAAAAACUUGUUUGCAGCUGUUGAUCAGACGUGAAGGAGCAGCGGGUCCCAGUUCUUUGAGAUCAUGUCCAGCUCAUUGGAGAGGGUUGUGGCCCAGAAGAAGGAGGCCAUUGAAGCUGUGAUGGAUAUGUUUGAGAGAGGGGCCGAGGUGUUGGCCAGCGCUGUGGGCGAGCUCUUCCCCCUGUGCGAGGCUGCCGCUCCAGUUCUUCGUCUGGCCUUAGACAACGUCCACAGCAAAGAGGUCUUUUAUGUCAAAGAGCAAUUCCUGACGGUGAGGAACAAGCUGGAUGUGCUGUCCGCCGAGCUGGAGGACAUAGACUGUGAGAUCAAGAAGGGGAGACUGGACUCCACAUACUUCUCUGUGGAGGAGAACAUUAGGAACCAGUUCAGGAAAUACAUGGACAUACUGGAGGCCAAGCAGCAGUUCAGGGCGGUGAAGACCAGACUGUUUUUAGAGCACUUUGCUAAAACUGGAGGAGAGAAGAACCUGCAUGUGCUGUAUGAUGCUCUGAUGGGAACCAACAGCUUUGGAGAAUCCAUUUUAGAGUUGGUAGAAAGGUACGUAGCGAGGAACCGCCGUCUCCUGGAAGAUUUCUGUGUCCGUAUGAAGGAGCUCUUCUGUUUGGGCCUGAUUGCUUUGCUGGGCCACUGUGCUCUAACCCAGGGCCAAGAUGAAGAAGAAGAGAAGAUCCAAGAGUGGAGCAACAAAAUUGAGCAGGUGGAGUCCAGCAUGAAGAUGACCAUUGAGUCGUGCAUCGCCGCCUUCCCGGAGCAAGCAAAACUAGACGCCCAGCGACUCCUGCAAGAAAAGGACGAGGAAAACCUGCAAGAUACAACUCAACUGCUCCUGGACUUUCUGGUGAAAAAGUAUGAUUGGGUCAGCUGGUCCGUGAGGCUGAUCAACCACUCAGGCAGCACCUACCGGAACUGGCGAGCCGGGGAGCACUUCCACCAUGUGGCGGGACAGAACUGGUUUGAGGUGCUCCAGGUGAACAACAUAAACCUCGUGGUGUCGUACAGCACCAAAGCCCAGCCGGUGCCCCGCGACUGCAUCCAGCAGGUGAUGGAGGCUCAGGGGAAGAAGGGCAACGCUCCCGCGGUGGUGGAGGUGCUGGAGAAGCAGCUGCGCGGGUUUGUGGUUCACGCCGUCAGUCGCCACAAGGAGUCUGCGGCAGCGUGGAGUUUCCCAGAAGACUGUCACUACUGGGAGAGACACAAGAACGUGGCCGUGUGUGUGCACUCUGAGUGAAGCUGUCACAUGUCUGACAUUUAUUAUUUACAGCAGAGCAGUGACUGCACAAUUAUAAUUAUAUAUAUUUAUAUAUAUUCUGAUAAACUAACAUACACUGAACCAAAGUCUGAAAUUAUUUUUUUACUGAUGCUGGUUCUCACUGAAAACAUGGCUGCCAGCAGGGACACACAAAACAAACAGAUUAAACAAAAAGCUCAUCUCACACAAUGUCCACUGCUUUGUAAGCGACUCACUCCUCACACCAAAGUCCUAAUGGAGAAUGUGUGAUUGUCCGUGGCAGCACACAGGAGCUGCUGAUGCCGUGUUAUUAUACGAGUAGAACAGCAGUAAAACCAAUGACUUUCUCUCUGGACUUUGGUGUGGAAGAGUGAGUGCUUUACAAACCUCUGUUUUUGUUUCAGUGAGUGCGAGCAUCUGUGUCUGAAGCUGGCGCUGCUGUCUGUCAAAUUUAAGUUGAAAUUACAAGAGAAUAAAUGGAAAUGGUAAAUGAAAAGAACCUCAAAAAUCAGUUACAGUUAACUCUUGUGACUUCCCAUCAAUAUUGUAUCCUCGUUACAUUAAAAAUGAAGUCAUGACUUAUUAAUCAGUGAGGUUUUCAUAGAAUAGGGUCAAUAUUAUUGGCCACCACCCAAAUUAUUUCACAUCUAGCUUUUAGAAUUGUGCCAAUAUUUUUAUUUAAAUUCCAGACCUUUGCUGCAAAUGUAAAAUAUGUUUAUUAAAUAUUAGCUGCGUGCAUAUACGUCACUAUGUGUUCAUAACAAUGUUUGUGUGUAAAAGUGUCUGUGCUUUUACUGCACCUCAGCAGCAUAAUUCAGUCUCCCAUGAGAAACAAAUCCUUACGUCUGCAGCUCCAAAGACAAGUUUUUGCUGAGGCUGCAUCUGCAGAGUCGUACAGUCUGUGCUCAGUAGGCCGGCCUACAUUACUGUGACACACACACACACACACACACACACACACAGAGGCUGGACCGUGUGCCUUGUCUUCUCGACACAUCCUCACUGAUGAUGCUGGACCUAAAGCUUUGUACUUUAUUGAGUUUCAGCUCUUUUAUCCGCAGUAUUCUCCACAGAUGACGGUUACUGCGUAGUUUUUGCUCUUCCCAGUCAAAUAAUUUCCCUAAGGGGAUUAAUAAAGUAUAAGAUUUAGAUUAAGAUUUAGAAAUGUCAACGGCACAUUUACUAACAGUAGCUGUAAUAAGCAUUAACAAAGCGUUAAUUAAAGUAUUAAUUAUCCAAGGGUUUAUAAAUCUACAGGUAACAUCAGUUUACACAGUAUAAUCGUGUAUACAGUAUAAUGUUUGAAUCCAGUCUCCAACCCUGGCUGAUUGUACUCAAUUCCAUUGUAAUGUAAUGUAAUGUAAUGUAAUGAAUAAGCAUUAGUUAUCCGUAAUUAAGCAUUUAUUAACCAUUGUUAACCUUUAUUAAGUGACCCUGGUUGUUAGGUGGGUCAUGUGUUGCUUGACAAAUAUAAUAUAAUACAUAUAUAUAUGUAUAUGUGUAUAUAUAUAUAUACACACAUGUGUAUAUAUGUAUAUAUAUUUAUAUAUAUAUAUAUAUACACAUAUAUAUGUGUAUAUAUAUACACAUAUACAUAUAUAUGUAUAUAUAUACUUAUUUAUAUAAACAUAUUAAAUACAUAUUAAAUUAAAUUACAGCAUAUAUAUCACAAAGCACUUACACAUACACCAUGCAAGCACUCUAACAAAUACGUCUAGCUAAGAUGAGGACGUGUUAUAUAUCACGUCACAUUUGUUAAGUUUAGUUUCUCAUAUGCACUUCCGGUUUUAUUUUAUAUUCACAUUUCCCUCUCAUUUCAGACCCUGACUUCCUCCCCUUGUGUGAUUUCCCGCCACUGUGAUUGUCUGCCCCGCCCCUGAUUGCUUUCACCUGUUGCCACUUAUCUCUCCUGCUUAAAUAGUCCUGUCUUCCCCCGUCAUGUCCCCAGUUUGUAUUGUUUGGUCCAUGAGUUACGUUGUCAAGUUUUUUCAUAGCAAGUUAUUCAGCAGUUCAGUUUCCCUGGUUUUGUUUUACUGGUGUUGAGAUUUGUUUGACUCUCCUUGUGAGUGUGUUUUGUUUAUGUUCUUACGAAGUAAACUUUUUGUUAAACUUUA